AACGACCUUAAUUUCGAGGGGUCUCCCAGAAUUCAAGUGUAAUCGAGGAGGGGAAAGAGAUAUCAAUUAGCAGGAUGGCGACGCCCGCCGCCCUCUGCUGGAGAAGGGGAUCAGUCCUAAACCGACAACUCCUACACGCAUCAAUCAAGACCAGACCAAGUCGGUGUAUUGUCGACAGCCUCUCUAUCAUAUGGACAAGACAAAAUUCAAUUACUACCAGACAGCCCAAGACAACCUCUCUUCGAUCAUACACACCCCAAAACCUUCAUCUCACCCGACACACCUCCACCAUCACCACCACCCCAUCCCAAGAUACGUCCAACUCUCUCCCGGAAUACCACCCCCCAACAACCGGCCUCCUCUCCUAUCUUCCCCCCUCCUGGGUCCCCUACGCCGAACUCAUCCGCCUCGACAAACCAACAGGAACCUACUACCUCUUCUUUCCCUGCCUCUUCAGCACCCUCCUCGCGGCCACCUUCCCCACGCCCCUAACCCCUCCAACCACCAUCCUCACCACCACCGCCCUCUUCUUCACCGGCGCCCUCGUCAUGCGCGGCGCCGGCUGCACCAUCAACGACCUCUGGGACCGCAAUCUAGAUCCGCACGUUGCACGCACCCGCCUCCGACCCAUCGCCCGCCGCGCCAUCUCCCCUCAAUCCGCCAUCGUCUUCACAGGCGGGCAACUCCUCGCCGGCCUCGCCGUCCUGCUCUCCCUACCCUUUGAAUGUUUCUGGUACGCGACGCCCUCGCUGCUGUUCGUCGCCACCUACCCCUUGGCGAAACGCGUGACGAAUUACCCGCAAUUCGUCCUAGGUCUGACGUUCUCGUGGGGCGCCAUCAUGGGGUUUCCCGCCCUCGGGGUCGAUUUGCUGUCGAACCAGGCCGCGCUCACGGCUGCGGCGUGUCUGUAUGCGAGCAAUGUCGCGUGGACGGUGCUGUAUGACAUGAUUUACGCCCACAUGGAUAUUAAGGACGAUGCCAAGGCGGGCAUCAAAUCCAUUGCCCUGAAGCACGAGAAGGAGACCAAGGCUGUCCUCACGGGGUUGGCGGCCGUGCAGAUAGGUCUGCUGGCUGCGUCGGGUGUGGUUGCGGGAUUGGGACCGGUCUUCUUCGUUGGGAGCUGUGGGGGUGCGGCCGUGACGCUGGCGACGAUGAUAUAUAGGGUGCAAUUGAAGAGUGUUGCGGAUUGUUGGUGGUGGUUUAAGAAUGGGGCGUGGUUUACAGGGGGCGCGAUUGCGAUGGGGUUGGCGGGGGAGUAUGUUGCGCAAUGGAUGGGUUGGUAUGAGGGAGAGGAGAAGACGGACGAGAAGGGGCAGGAGAAGGUGAAAGAAGUGGAGGGAAGUGCUUAAAGACAAUUGGACAUGUAUGAUUCGGGUAUUUCAUUAUCCUAUCUCGAGCAUAGGACGACACCAUGUAUACUAUCUUUGUUUCAUCUGGAGUCUGCACGGAUACAAAGGCACAAGACAGCUUUACACAGUAGAGCAGGUUCCUUCAGUCGUAAUGUAGCAUAAUCAUAACACCGUC